GCCACUGUGGUGUCCACUGCGGUGUCUACGUCGCCGUCCUGCGCUCGCACGUCCUUGCUGGUCCAGCAAGUGAAGCCCGUCAAGCCCCGCAUAGCCGUGCAGACAGCUUCGGCCCUGUCCUCCGGGAUGACCGGCAUGCAGUACUCUUCGAGGUUGUUGCGGCAGGUGGCCAUGCUGCUGGUGGUGGCGUGCGUGCUGUGUGCCACGGCCGUCACGGCGCAGGUCAACUUCUCGCCCAGCUGGGGCAAGCGCGGCGCCCCGCAGCAGGAGGCCUGCAAGCCGUCCAUGGACUCGCUUAUGUAUCUCUACAAGCUCAUCCAGGACGAAGCACAGAAGCUGUCCGACUGUGAAAAGUUCAACAAUUGAGUUUCAAGCACAGUUCUAUGCAUUACUUACAUUUCACAUUAUUGCAGUCUGCACGCUUAGUUUCUGAAAAUUCUGUACCUUCCAACAAAAUGUUGAAGUUUGGUUUAUGCUGGGUGCCGAAUGUACUUCCCAAAAAUAAAAUGUUAUGAAUCCUUGUGGAGAAGGGGGCAUUAAGAAAAACA